UGCUGAAGAUUCCGCGCGCUGUUAUUGCACGGGUUGUGUUUCCUCCUUCCGCUCUCUCUCUCUCUCUCUCUCUCUCUCUCAUCAUCCCUCCCUGGUUGGUACCCUUUCUCUUGCACGCACGAGCAUCCUCCGUCAUGGCGUCUUCCAACCAUGUCACCCCCACCAACUGCAGCUGGUGGCCCAUUUCGGCCAUAGGCGAAGAUGGCAAGCUCGCGGAUGGAGAGGAGAGUCACGAGCCGCCAGUGGAACACAAGCCUUUCUCUAAAGACCGCCUCGUUUUGUACCACUGGACGCAGUCUUUCAGCUCUCAAAAGGUGCGUCUGGUGAUUAAUGAGAAGGGACUGCUGUGUGAAGAGCGGGAUGUGAGUCUACCUCUAACUGAGCACAAGGAGCCCUGGUUCAUGAGGCUCAACCUUGGAGAGGAGGUGCCUGUCUUCAUACACGGAGACACCAUUGUCAGCGACUACAACCAAAUCAUCGAAUACUUAGAGACCAACUUUGUGGGUGAUACAGUUGCCCAGCUUAUUCCAGAUGAAGGCACUCCCAUACAUGCUCGUGUCAAGCAAUAUCGAGAGCUUCUGGAUGGCCUGCCCAUGGACGCCUACACGCAUGGCUGCAUCCUACACCCUGAGCUCACCACUGACUCCAUGAUCCCAAAGUAUGCCACUGCUGAAAUACGUAGACACUUGGCCAAUGCAGCAUCUGAACUCAUGAAGCUGGACCAUGAGGAGCCACAGCUGACAGAGCCAUACCUUUCAAAGCAGAAAAAACUCAUGGCGAAGAUAUUGGACCAUGACAACGUGAACUACCUGAAGAAGAUCCUUGUUGAGUUAGCAAUGGUACUAGACCAGGUAGAGGCAGAACUGGAAAAGAGGAAACUGGAAUAUCAAGGUCAAAAGCACGAGUUGUGGCUUUGUGGACCUGACUUUACGCUAGCUGAUAUAUAUCUUGGAGCCACGUUGCACAGGCUCAAGUUCUUGGGACUUUCAAAGAAGUACUGGGAGGACGGAAGCAGACCCAACCUCCAGUCAUUUUUUGAGCGUGUGCAGAAGCGCUACGCUUUCCGCAAGGUGUUGGGAGACAUCCACACCACCUUACUGUCAGCGGUUCUCCCCAACGCGUUCCGAAUGGUAAAAAAGAAGCCCCCAUCCUUCUUUGGGGCUUCCUUCUUAAUGGGUUCUUUAGGUGGGAUGGGCUAUUUUGCCUACUGGUUUUUAAAAAAGAAAUACAUGUAGUAAAUACUCUAAUACUGUGUUCUGUGUCUGUGAAUUUGUGUGAGGCUGCAACUUUUCUGUACCAGAUGUUGUGCAACAGCUGGAAAUAUGAUGCUGUGCAGAGAAAAAACCCUAUUAUCUGAGUGAACGGAUUAAAUAAGAACAUUCCAUGACGAGGAAUUCUUCUUAUCAACACAUUUUCUGGUAAUCAAUGCCUUCAUUUGUUUCUUUUUUUUUAUAUCGAUUCCCCUAUGGUUUACAAAAUGCCUUUAAUUUCAUUUGCUUACUGUCCGAUUCUAGUCAGUGCAACGAAACGUCUCGAUCUAAAUUAAAAGCACUACAAAUUCCUCCACGUGGUAUGUGUUGGCAUUACACGCGUACUUAUUAUAGCAUGACCUAUAACGAUGCCCGCCUCUAACGCUCUAGUAGGAGUAUCUCGUGUUCGAGGCAUUCACCUUUUGCCCUUUAAUCUACUUUUCAUUUACGGGUUUCCAGUCGAACCCUGAUCAUGAUUGAGAUGCUAGAUAAAAUAUUUUAGCUGCAGCCUAAUACUGCCAAACAUAUAUGAAAUGACUAUUUAUUCACUCACUCUGUGUAGAUUACAGCACAUUCACAAACAGCACAUGGGCAUGUAAAGGUUUUUGUUUGUUUGUUUGUUUGUAGAAUGUACCUCACCAGCAUUAAGCACCCAAAUAAGUGGACCCUGAUGGCUUACAUUAUACUCAGAUAUCAUUUUGCCUAUUUUCAGACAAUAAAAAUGGGAUAUCGGUAGGCAAGUGAUUACAGCUUGUAAAUCUUUCCACGUAUGGUUUGUAUCUAGGUGGUUGAAACUAGAUAAAGCAGCUCUAGUGUAUUUCCAACUUGGUUCACUAUUAUGAUCUGCAUGGGUUAAAUCAGGUAUGCUAGAGCAAGAUACAAUGAAAUAUGCAGUACUGUGACUCUCCAAAGAUCAACACAUUCAACCAGAGAAUCAGAAUAUCACUCAUUAUAGUUAAAUAAACUCAUAUCGCAUUCGCACGUGGUCAUAUACUGAGCAAACGCACAAUAGACACAGUUCAGCAUUAAGAAUUUACACAGUUUCAUUGUGCCAUUAGCUGUUGAGCGUUUUUUUCAGUUAUGUGUUUCUGUUUCUCUAACAUCAUUAAGAAAUUGGGUUUGUGUCCAUGACAGAAGAGGUGAAAAUUUGACACCAUGCCGAUCAGUGACACGAAAAAAUCAAAUCCUUCUGAAACACAUGGAUUUUAACCCAACACAAAUUGACUGUCCUAUUCACCAGAGCAUUUUAGUUCCUGGAGAUAAAAAUAAAUGCUUUAAAAAAAAAGGUGAUUUUCUGAGAACGUGCUUAAAUGGAUUUGUCAGGAGAAAGGUGAGUGUACAACUGACACUGUACACUAUGGAGUAAAAGCCUAGCAAUAUACACCGCCUUACAAGUCAUAAAUGAAUGUGUUAAUGCAUCCAAGCUGAGAAAACAAUAAGAGGUUUUGUUAAUUCUGGUGUUAUUCACUGGAAAAAACAAAUCAGUCUCCCCUUAAAAAUCUUCAGAAAUAAAUAUUGUGUUUUCACUGUGGCCAUUACAGUUCACAAGAGAUGUUUUUUUUUUUGUUUGUUUGUUUAUUUAUUUAUGUAAUUAUUUAUUUUUUAUAUUGAUAAGAUAUGCAUUUAUGGUGCUUUUUAUGAUGUUUGUUCAUAAGCCAUAAUUUGUUUAGUUGCCAUGGAUUACAAUAAAUGAAAAUGCUUAACAGAAACCUUUAUUAAUCUUGUCUUACUUAUGAAAAGCUUAGCACACGGGAUAGCAGUGUGAUAAGCAAAUGCGAGAAAAAUCACCAGUCAAAAAAAAAGGGGCACUUAAAAAUAGUGGGGUUUCGAUGUGAGGAUUGGCUCAGCACUUUGUAUGCGAAUGUUUAAAACUUUACGAUAUCAUGCUUUUGUUUGGUUCUAAGCAUGCUUUGCUUGAACAAAUACAAACAAAAAAAAAUGUGGCAGGGCCGACUAUCGUGGACCUUUGA